UUUUUUACCACCACUUAACGAUGCAUUUCGAUAGCAAGUUAAACUGGUGGAUGCAUUUCAGUUUCGUAUAAAUACUUGAAGUCCCCAUCAACAAUUCAGUAUCAGACUCAUCGUCCGAAACAGCAACAAGACUUAAAAAUGGCAUUCAGGUUCAUCAGUUUCUUGGUUUUGGUAGCAGCAGCAAAUGCUGGAUUCAUACCAGCAAGUUACCAUGCGCCGUUGGCUUACGCAGCACCUGCAGCGUUCGCAGCCCCCGCAAUAGCUAAAGUUGCGACACCAGUUUUAGCUAAAGCUUCUGAAGACAGUUACGAUCCUCAUCCACAGUACAGCUACUCGUACGAUGUCCAAGACUCAACAACUGGUGACUUCAAGAGCCACCAUGAAUCCCGCGAUGGUGACUCUGUCCAAGGCAGCUACUCGCUUCUUGAAGCUGAUGGUUCCCGUAGAACUGUUGACUACACUGCUGACGCGAUCAAUGGAUUCAAUGCUGUCGUCCACAAGGAACCAACAACAAAAUUAGCUCUCGCUGCAGCGCCUGUUGCUAAAAUUGCAACUCCAGCAGUAGCUUACGGAGCACCCAUCGCUAAAAUUGCAACUCCAGCUAUAGCUUACGGAGCACCAAUUGCCAAAAUCGCAACACCAGUUGCUGCAACUUACGCUGCUCAUGCUUACGCACCAGCUCCAGCUUACGCAGCUGCUCCAGCCUAUGCUGCAGCUUACGCUGCACCAAUCGCUAAAGUAGCAACUCCAGCGGUAUCUUAUGGAGCACCAGCUUUCGCCAAAUUAGCAACACCAGUCGCUGCUGCUUAUGCGGCCCCACAUCCUUACAUUUCUCACAUCAGUUACUCUACCCCUCUGUUCUCUUACUCUUUCUAAAAAAUUUUUGAACUGACGACUUAAUAAACGGUAAAUAUCAAGACACAUCUCAAAGUAAUUUUUAAUCCUUUUGAAUAAGAACUUUUGUAAGUUUUUUUUUUUUUUAACUUCAAAUGGUAGCGAAACACAAGAAGUCUUAUAAAAAGACUGGUAAUUUUAUUUUUCGUAAUGAUGACUGAAUUGUGAGAUGUAGGAAAUUUGUGAACGUACACCGAUACCGAUUUUCAAGGACGUUUGUGUCCGGUUGUAUAGGAAGUAACGAGCGGUCAGUUCACCAGUCAGUUCAAUAAAGUUGCUUUCUUUUCUUUUUACUUUAAUAGAGUAAUUUGUAAUGCAACUUUGAUUUUUUAUUUUUUUUUUCGAUAUCCAUGACUGGUUUAUGUAGAUAUAUGUUUGUAUGUAUGUAAUAGGUAUUGUGUAUAUUUAGUUUCUGAAGGUCGAUAAUUUCUACGAUUACGAUUCCAAUGUCGACAAUGAUAUCUAGGUUGUAGGCUGGACUAUGUGCCAAUUAGCCGUUGAUUUGUUGCGCGAUAGAUGAUACUGUGACUGUCUGCUCGUAUACUUUUAAUUUAAAUAAUGCUUUGUAUAAAUUUUUUUUUUUGUAUCAUGAUAAAUAAAUACGACUGAUUAUUGACUAAAAA